AUGACCUUCACGAAGGAAUUUUCAACAAGUUGGGGUUGGCUUCCAAGGGACCUUUUGGAUUCAAUUCUUGAUAACAUGAUUACAAUCUCCGACUAUGUCCGGUUUAGUGUUGUCUGUAAGCCAUGGUACUCUGUUGCCAUUCACCGUCCGAAGCAUUGGCGUCUCAACAUCAUUCACGACAAGGUUCCAUUGCUGAUGCUUCCUCCUAAUUUCCCUACUAGCAGUAGUAGUCCCGAAGGAACGCGUAGCUUGUACAGAGUCACAGAAAAUAAAGUGCACAACUUCAAAAUCCCAUUCUCUUACAAUAAGAGAAUUUGUGGCUCUUCACAUGGUUGGCUCUUCACUGUAGAAGAAAACAUGAGUUUAGUCCUCAUUAAUCCUUUUUCUGGUGGGACUAUUCGACUCCCCCCUAUUCGAACCAUUCCGGAUAUCGAGUUCGAGGAGGUUGAUGGCUAUGAAGUUGUCAAGGCUUCACUGACAGCAGACCCUAUUUUGUUUCCAAAUGAUUAUACAGUUGUUGCAAUCUGUGGUGGCACAAACAUUUUAGCAUACAUUAAAUCAGGUGACCAAAGUUGGAGUUAUGUUAAUACACCAUACCACCAUUGGCUAACUGAUUUCGUCAGUUAUAAAGGCCUUAUAUAUGCUGUGGACAUUUGGGGUGUGGUUUUAUCCUUUGAUAUUAGUGGAGUUGAAGAUAGCCAUUCAUCGUCGCCAUCGUCGUGCAUAAAGGAGGUUGCACCAUCAAUGUCUGUUAUGUCCGAUGUGACAUAUAUUGUCGAAUCAUCAGCAGGUGAUCUGAUGCUUGUUCAAAGGUUUGUCGUCCCUGCCAGCUAUGGUGACAGUCACUUUCUGUCUUCCAGUUUCAGGAUUUUCAAGAUGCAGUUCGGUCCUAACGGGGACGUCGUAGAGAUGGUUGAAUUGGAGAGCCUUGGUGGUGAUGCCCUAUUCUUAGCCAAUAACUUUUCAACUGCUGUGUUGGCUUCUGAUUUUGUAGGAUGCCGAUCAAACUCUAUAUACUUCUCAGAUCAUAAUUACUCCAUGAUUGAACACUCUCCUUAUUUCCUAAGCCAUGACUUUUGGAUCUUCAACUUUGGGGAUUGCAGCAUCGAAAUACUCUGCAAGCUACACCCUUCACCAAAGCACAUGGUGCUUGGCACUUGGAUUUUGUCAACACUGCAGGGAUUGCCAUCUUCAUCUGAGUGA